AUGUUUGCAAAAAAACAUUUUACAACUGAAAAAAUUCCUGAUUUGACCGGAAAAGUUGCCAUCGUCACAGGAGGCAACACGGGAAUCGGAUACAUCACAGCAAGAGAAUUAGCUCGUAAAAAUGCACAUGUAUUUAUUGCAAGUCGCAACAAAGAACGUGGCGAAGGUGCCGUAGAAAAAAUUAAAAAAGAAACCGGAAAUAAUCAAGUAGAAUAUUUAUAUUUAGAAUUAGUUAACCUUAAAAAUGUAAAGAAAUCCGCUGAAAAUUUCCUUUCAAAAAACUUACCUUUACACCUUCUUAUCAACAACGCUGGAAUUAUGGCGACCCCAUGGUCAUUAACUGAAGAUGGGAUCUCGGAUCAAUUUGGAGUAAAUCAUGUUGGACAUUUCCUUUUCACAAUGACACUUCUCGCUAAAAUUGAAGCAUCGGCACCUUCUCGAAUCGUUAACGUCAGCAGCAAAGCCCACGAAAUGGCUCCGGCUACUGGAAUUGAAUUCGAAAAGAUUAAUCAAGAAGGUGCUCAUUCAACUUGGCAACGUUACGGUACAUCAAAACUUGCCAACAUCCUUUUUACAAAAUCAUUAUCGAAACGACUAGAAGGCAAAGAAGUUUAUGUUAAUUCAAUUCAUCCAGGGGUUGUUGAUACCGAAUUAUCAAGAGGACCAAUUAGUAGUUAUGGAUUCAUUGCUAAAGUGCUCGGAGCAGUUGUUUCUACUUUUUUUGCGCUAUCACCUGAUGAUGGAGCUUUAACACAAUUAUAUGCUGCUACAAGUCCCGAAAUUGUUGAAAAGAAUUAUCGUGAUCAAUAUUUCGAACCAUUUGGUAAUAUUGGAAAAAAAUCUGCGGCAGCUCAAGAUGAGGAACAAGCCGAAAAAUUGUGGAAAUAUACUGAAGAAUUAAUUGAUGUCAAGCUACGUUAG